AUGACCUCACGAUACAGAGUGGAGUACGCUCUUAAAUCACAUCGAAGAGAUGAAUUCAUUGAAUGGAUCAAAGCUCUACUUGCGUGUCCAUUUGUAUUGCAUGCCGAUAUUGAAAGUUUUGAUACUGAGUUUCCUGAACUAUACAAUCUUCCUGAGGAUUCCGACCGAUACUACAAGAACCAUGAAUUGAAGAUUGCUCAAGACUGUCAAAGUAGGUAUUUGCAGAUAUUCAAAGAUGUUGAAACGUUGAUUGAACAUACCAGGGCCAUUGACAAGUUAAAUGACCAAGAUCCUAGUCGAAAUGCAACUAGUCGUUUAAGAAAUUUAGUGCCUUCAAUAGGAAGGUUCUUUACUAGUUUACCUUUAGCUGAGGCAUUUUUGUUGGAGGAUCAGAGACGGGCCAUAAGUAAACGAAGAUUAGUCAGUCCUUCGUUCAAUGAUGUUCGAAUGAUUUUGAAUACAGCCCAAAUUAUGGCAUUGACCAAUAUCAACAAUAACAAAAGUGACACGCACAUUAAAUUGAUCACUUUUGAUGGGGAUGUCACUUUAUACGAAGAUGGUCAAUCCUUAGAUGAAUCGAGUAUUAUAGUUCAGCGAUUGGUGGCUCUACUUCAGUUGGAUUUAUUUGUUGGGGUAGUGACCGCCGCCGGGUAUCCAUCACAAGCAGGUGCUGCUAAGUACUUUGAACGUUUGAAAGGAUUAAUCGAGUACUUGAAUCGUGAUGAUUGUAUCUUGUCCCCACAUCAACGAGAGAAUUUACUAGUCAUGGGAGCAGAAUCAAAUUAUUUAUUCCGGUAUAACAAUAAUAUGAAGGGGUUGAAAUUUAUUGAUAGUGAUGAUUGGUUAUUACCCGAGGUGAAGAAUUGGGAUAUCAAUAAAAUUGACUAUAUCAUGCACACAAUCCAUGAUCAUUUACUGCACCUUCGUAUGAAAUUCAACCUUGAAAGCACAACUUCAAUAAUUAAGAAGGAAAGAUCAGUGGGGAUAAUCCCUAAUGCAGGGUGUAAGAUCUUACGUGAACAAUUGGAAGAAAUGGUUCUUUCAUGUUCAAACAAGUUGAGUAUUGUAUUGCAAAGUACCAAAAAUGCACCACCGGCAGACACUGCAAACGCAGCAACAACAACCAAAUCAGCCAGAUCACUUGCAUUGAGCGAUAUCAAAGUAUGCGCAUUUAAUGGAGGUAGUGAUGUUUGGGUUGAUAUUGGCGAUAAAGCCCUUGGAGUCGAAUCGUUGCAAAAGUACAUUUGUCAGCUGGGAGACUUGGAUAUAUGUCCCAUCACCAAGUCAGAAAGUUUGCACAUUGGUGAUCAAUUUGCCAGUUUGGGCGCCAACGAUUUCAAAGCAAGGUUGAGUGCAUGUACGGUUUGGAUUGCCAAUCCAGCGGAAACAGUGGCCAUUUUAGAUGAUUUGAUCUCAUUUAUGAAAUAA